CCCUCUCUGUCUCUCCCCGUCAAAAUCUCCUCCUUUCUCCCCAAAAAAUCACAGAAAAAUUAAAAAAAAUCCAACCAAAAAAUGCAGUGCUCGAUCUCCACUCAAAACCCUAAUUCGAGCUGGCUCGAUCGCCUCCGAUCAUCCAGGGGCUUCCCCGUCUCCUCGGACCUCGAAAACCUCGACCAAUUCCUCUCCUCAAACCCUAACCCUAACCCUAAUCCCAUCCCAAAACCCCUCCCAAAGCCUCCCACUACUAACAAAGACCCUAACUUUUACAAUCUGAUGACCAAUGUCCUAUCCGAUCUCUUCAUCAUGGGCAACCCCCCGGGCCCCCAUCCCCAGAAAACCUCUCGAAAGCAGCCGAACCCUAGGAUUUGCAAUGGGGUUGGCGAGAAUCGGGAGGUGUCGCCGUCGAGUGUGAAUAAUAUUGUGGCGGUUGAAGGUUGAAGGGAAGAAGAGGAAGCUGAAGGUGAAGAAGAAGAGGGAGAGUGAGGGGCCGAAGGACUCAGAGCUGGUAGGGUUUUCGAGGACGGAGGUGACGGUGAUUGAUACGAGCUUGUCACCGGAGUGGAAGGUAGCCCGGGUUUUGUAUAGAAAAGGGUUGGUUUGGAAGGUGAGGGAGAAGAAAAUGGUGAGGAUUGGGAGGAAGAGGAGGAGGAAAUCGGCGGGGAGUGAGAAGGAGAGGAAGGCCGCGGAGUUGGAGAGACAGGGACUGGCAUUGUUGAACAAGGAAAGCACUCAAACUGACAAGAAAGAGGAUUCCAAAGUGAGCAGCAACCAGAUUCUCAUUCCAAGAAGGCCAAAGUUUUCAAGAUCUCCACGCCAUCCAGCAGCAAAAAGCUCUAAUGUUUUACGUUUAAAAAUCGUUAGCAAGAAAAAUGAAGCAAGCUGCUCAAAAGGUCUUCUUAAAGGAAAAUGUUGAUAGCUCAGAGAAUGCUCUAUUUUAUUAGUCCUUUGGAUGAACAUUUUGGAGAGAACCUUUCAUAUUCUGCUAACUUGAAGAAAUCAGAAUGCUGUAUGAAGGAUCUAGGUGUUAUUCCAUGAUCCUGUCAAUCUCAAACUCCCAUCAAUUCUCAAAAUCUCUAACUAGUGGGAAUUCAAGCAUUUCCUUCAAAAAAUCUUCAGCAUUGUAAAAUUAUUUGUGUAUCAUUUUUAUUCAUUUUUUUAAACAUCUGUAACUGUUUGCAAAAUAUAUAAUAGCUCUGAAAACCUAUUACUUUGUGUUCAAAUUUUAGAUUUGUAAUUUUUUUCAUUGUAAUGAGAAUCAGACUCAAUUUGAUGUAGAUUAA